AUGCAGUUCGACAAAAAGUACCUGCGUCAAAAUCAGUUUCAGGCACUGCCACUUGAGCUAGCACUCCAGAUUAUGGGAAGCAUAUUGGGGUACAUACUUGCCGCUUUAGUGACACCCGCUGGGCUAUCGUGGACCACACCAAACCAUCUCUGGUUUAUUAUUGGCAUUCAAAUUCUGAGAACUGCUUAUGUUGUUCUCAUGAGUGGCCGUGACUCCAAUCAUCUUGUCUAUAAAACCGCCCCAAAGGACCCGAACUGGGUGUUCGUGGGCCCAGAGUUUCACACUCUUCAUCAUGUGUAUCCGGAUCGCUAUAUCGGCUCGUUCGUCAAGAUUCUCGACUGGGUUUGCGGUACCGCAUACACCUUCAGAGGGAAGCGCUUUGCAAUUAUUGGGGCAAAUGGGGUCUUUGGCCAGGCAAUGGUGUCAGAACUCGAGCGUGAAGGGGUGAAAAGCAUUCGAAAGUUAAAAUAUGGUACUGAUUGGGACCACGAUAACUUUGAGAAUGUGAUUCCAGUCCUUGCCGACUCUAACAUUCUGAUCUUAGCUGACGGAUGUAAAAUGCAGGAUUCUGUUGAAUCAAAUUGCAAUUCCGCCGUUCAGCUUGUCAAAUUAUUCAAAAAAUGCAGAGCCACAUAUCCCGCUGGCCCGACGCUUCCAGAAGUCUGGUACGUUGGCAAUGAGACGGAAUUUUACCAGCCCUGGGGAAAUGUGCAGCAGCUUUCUGGGGUUAAAGGAGGGUUCUUGCCGUACGCUCGCCUGUUUACCGAUGAUCAUAAUAUUCUUUACCGUCAUAUCGUCCUAUCAACGUUUCAUUCAUUCGUGGUAACUGCUGAUAUAUCUGCCCACAGAGCAGCUAAAUCCGCGAUGUGGUGGAUCAGAAGAGGUGCAACAUAUGUGCCUGUCACAUAUACAGGAACUGCAUGUUUAAACUAUCUGAAGUUUAUGUUUUUAAUUCCUUACGCACAAGACGUAUAA